AUGUCGAGUCCACUGAGCGACAAUUUCGUGACUGAUGACGAGUCCGAGCGGGACGAGGCCGGUGUUGCCAAUGCCCGCAGAUCACGCAAUCGAUUCCGACCUUUAUUAAAAUUGCCCGGUUUUUACAACAAAGAACCAGGCGUGUGGUUCGCGGAAGUAGAACUCCUUUUCGAUUAUUCGAGAGUCAAAAGGGAAAAAGCCAAGGCUGGGGCAGUGUUGGCCGCGUUGGAUUUUGACACGGUGAUGACGUUGAGUGACAUAAUUACGUUGGAAAACCAGCCAGAGGAUAUCUAUAGUCAAAUCAAGCGUCGUUUAAUAUCAACUUUUUCAGUAUCUCCGGAAACGCGUUUACGGCAAAUGUUAAAAGGGGAAAUGUCCGAAGAAGGAAAACCUUCCUUAAUUUUGAAUCGCAUUAGAGUCUUGAGUCAGGGUAAAUGCAGCGACGAAAUUUUAAAAACCGUUUUUGUAGAUCACUUACCUGCAAAUUGUCGCGCAGCACUCGCAUUAAGUGAAACUACUGAGAUCGACAAAUUGGCCGAAAUGGCCGAUCGUUUUGUAGAAGCAUCCGGCUCAAAUAAUUCACAGCAAGUGGCCGCCGUAUCGUCGGAAAAUUCUCAGGAAAAAAUGUUAAAAUUAAUCGAGCAAUUGACCGCCAAGGUUGACGCGAUUUCUACGUCGGAUAGGUUCCGUUCACCGCAACGUUCCGGGAACUACAAAAAACAAUACAGAAGUAAAUCUGCAAAUAGGAGAAAAUAUAAUGGUAAUAAUAACAAUAAUUCGAACAGAAAUACAAAUUAUCAUAAGCGUAACUCGAAUGGCGACGCUGAAAAUAAUCGCGAUUUUUGUUUUUAUCACGCGAGAUUUGGAGUAAAAGCAGCGAAAUGUGUGCCACCGUGCAGUUGGCAAAACGGUACCGCUUCGGGAAACUGA